GCUCCGGAUAAAGCUAGGGUUACAUUCUAUAAGUACUCUCCUUGCGCGAACGGGCGCUAGAACUCGAGCGGCGGUCUCUCGUCAUUGUUUGCCAUGGGAAAGGUGCACGGAUCUCUGGCUCGCGCUGGCAAAGUGAGGGGGCAAACGCCGAAGGUGGCGAAACAAGAUAAGAAGAAGAAGCCGAGGGGGAGGGCCUACAAAAGGAUGCAAUACAAUCGCCGCUUCGUCACCGCCGUUGUUGGAUUCGGGAAGAAGAGGGGACCUAACUCGUCUGAGAAGUAAAGAUCGGGAUUGCAAACUUUGUAGGAGUAAAUUUCUGAUUUUUGUUUGUUUUUUAAGUAAUUUAUGGCGUUUACCUUAUUUUGUUGAUGCUGUUCAAAACUUCGAGUAUGAAUUAACAUUGUAUAUGAACUUCUUUCGUAUUCUAUGCAUGAGAUGUUAUAAAUUUAUCACUUUCUA